CACCGUAUUGUUACUACUAUUACCGCGAAUCCAUAAGUUUGAUUUCAUGCUUUGUGUCUCGAUAACGUUACGUCAGUUACAUCACCUAAAGACCCUUCUAACGGCCGAAUAGUAUGUCACCCAAAAUGAACAUCAUCGUCGCUGCAUGUGAGAAUAACGGAAUUGGGAAAAAUGGAGAAUUGCCGUGGAAGUUAAGGGAAGAGAUGAAGUACUUUAGCAGGAUGACAAAAACAACUUCAGACCCAAAGAAGAAGAACAUGGUUGUUAUGGGAAGAAAGACAUGGGAAUCCAUUCCUUUCAAAUUUCGCCCACUUCCUGGUCGUCUCAAUGUUGUCCUUUCUUCACAACCUAAAGAAUACUUUGGAGAUACAAAUGGGAGCAUAAUCUGCCAGAGUUUUGAAGCUGCUUUAGAGGAGGCUCGCUCUCAAGAUGACAAACUUGAGACUGUAUGGGUUAUAGGAGGUUCAUCUUUAUAUGAGAUGGCAUUGACCUCGGAGGAACUGCAUCGGGUUUACCUAACACGCAUUCUUGCUACCAUUGAGUGUGACACCUUUUUGCCACCACUAGAUUUGGAGAAAUUCAAAUUAGUACAUGAUCCAGCAGUUCCUCAAGACCUCCAGGAAGAAAGUGGUCUUAGGUACAGAUAUGAAGUGUAUGAAAAGUCAAAAGAUUGUUGACAUUCUUAGCAUCAUGAAGACAGGCAUUUCAUCAUGGUAGUAUUUUUGGAUUAUGGUUAUAUUAAUUCAUAUUGCAUUGUCUGACUGUCAUAUUUUUUCAUAAACAUAUUGUAUUUGACCUAGAACUUGAAGUUUUGUAUUUUGGUGUAUUAAAAGUUAGAUGGAUUGUUAUUAAAAGGUUUAUUUUGGUAAAAAAUAAAGUCAUUAAGAACAUUAUUUUGUUAAAAAAUAAAAGCAUUAUACUUAA